AGUGACUGUGGGCCUGGGGCGGUGCAGGAGCAGUAUAAAAGUGGGUCCUGCACCUCACUCUCGCAUCCACUCCUCUCGCCUCCCUCUUCUUGGAACUGAGGAGCAGCUCCAGCCACAAGACAUGUCCUGCUACAACCCGUGCCUGCCCUGCCAGCCCUGCGGCCCAACCCCGCUGGCCAACAGCUGCAAUGAGCCCUGUGUCCAGCAGUGCCAGGACUCCAGAGUUGUCAUCGAGCCCCCAGCUGUGGUGGUGACCCUGCCUGGCCCCAUCCUCAGCUCCUUCCCGCAGAACACCGCUGUGGGCUCCUCCACCUCCGCUGCUGUUGGCAGCAUCCUCAGCUCUCAGGGAGUGCCCAUCAACUCCGGGGGCUUUGGCCUGUCUGGCUUGGGCAGCGGCAUCUGUGGCACGAGGAGGUGUUUCCCCUGCUAAAUCUGAUGGUGAUGGCCCUGGAGAUGGAAACCAGGGACCUAAAGGAUAGGGCUGGACCGGAGACAAAUCAUCAGGUUGCUCCUUUCAGAUGGGCUGGGCAAGCCCAGCACCCUUUGUAAAAAGACAGGGCCAGCCUGGGCUCUCAGAAAGCACAGCCCAUGCCGUCUUUCCCUUCUCCCCAUGUCUUCUCUCCCUCUUGUGUCUCUGUUCUCUUGUGCUCCCCUGGGCUGUGAGACCCACAAAGCCAGCCUAGGGAGGACCUGCUGGCCCUCCUCCCUCUGUGGGACAGGCAGAUGGACACCUGGCUGGAUCUGUACCACAACCAUGGGUCACAUACUCCUGUCUGCCCCCGGUGUUCUGGCUACUGGAGCUGCCCCUCAGAGCCACCUUAUUUUGUUUUCUUUUGUCUCAUUAAAGUUCUUCUGCAUCCCA